AUGUUCGAGUUGAUUGACAGCGAGGUUUUUCUCGCCUAUUCCACCUACGGCACCAUCAGUUACGGCACCAUCGUUGUGCUGAAAAUGCUGUUCAUGGGACCCCUGACAGACUAUUUCAGGGUGACUCCUAAGGCAUUUGUCAGUCUUGAAGAUGCCAGGGCUCAUGGUGCAAAGGAUGAAGAAACCAAGAACAAAUAUAUGCAGAUUGAUCCCAGUGUCGAGCAUGUGAAAAGAUGUCAUCAGAAUGACCUGGAGAACAUAGUUCCAUUCAUGGGAAUCGGUCUGUUGUACACCCUCACUGGCCCUGACCUGAGUACAGCUUUACUGCACUUCAGAAUCUUUGCUGGCUCCAGGAUCUUCCACAGCAUCGCUUAUCUGGUUCCUCUUCCCCAGCCAUCUCGAGGUUUGAGUUGUUUAGUUGGUAUGGGCGUGACCUUUUCAAUGGCUUAUAGAGUGCUGAAGAUAGUAAUGCACCUUUGAGUGGAAGCAACGAUUGGUACCACAGCAUUUUUUUCAAUUUUUCCCCCAUGCCAUGCUUGCAUUUAUUGAAAUCUGUUGUGAUUAAGCGAUUAAAAUGUGUUUAAUUAUUGAAAAUGAAGGGGUAAGGGAGGACAAAGUGAAAAAACUUGCCCUUUAAGCCACAUUUAACUUUUUGUGUGUAUGUGUGACUAGCUGGUGGCAAUUUUUUGUCUUUUGUUCAAGUGAAAAAAAAACCUGCUUUUAUAUUGUAGUUUUUGGGACUUGGGUAUUUGUUGACCAGCUCCUAGAGUUCAUACUGUUAUAUCAGUUAUAUCACUCGUGGAUGUGGUUUUACUUGUGGGGCCACAGAAAAUGGAUUUAAUGCUAAGUCAACAAUUGGCUUACAACUGGUAAGCUUACGAAAUUCAAAUCGAGUCCAUCCAGUAUCAGCACAUGUAUAGUUCGAAUCUGGCACCAGAAUGAGUCAGUAUUCAUAGGUUAAGAGCUAAGGUUGAAGCCUAGUCACCUAAAGGUGCAGAACUUGCUUUUUGGGAACCUGACCCCCUAAUGUGUCCGAUAUUUAAAAUGUUUUCAUUCUUUGCUGCUUUGGUGAUUCACUUUGCAGGAAGAUAACGACUGUGUGAGGUUCCCUUGCGAAAACCAUACUUUCACACACCUAUGACUGCAUCUAGGAUCAGAAAAGUCACCUUAAUGUAAAUGUGGAGAGCAGAGGCAGGGAUCCUAUUUUCCCACAAACCAAAUGACAGAGACAGCAAAUGCACAAUAGUUAAAAACGUAGUACCUUGUAAACGCUAGUGCUGUUGAUGGUUUGUCAUUUUAGCUUGGUUGUGAAUUUAUAUUCCUAGCAACAACCUCCAUUGUCAGAAAUUGCCAUAAAAAUAGUGAACUUGGAUGAGUGUACUAUGAACCCUCAAUUUAAAUACUAAACGAUCCUUCUCAAUUUGAAUAAAAACAGUUGUGGCACAAUUUGUUGGAUUAACACUGGUGUUAGUUUAGCCAACUCAAAUUUGUUAUUCUAACAAUGUACAAAACACCUGGCAAUUCACGUAGUAUUAUAAGAAGCUAGUGCAAAUUAACUUCUAUAUGAAGCAUUUCUUUGAACUUUUUUACAGGUAGCCUAUUGCUAUCCUGUUCUUUAAAGGAGUUUACAGUGAAAAUGUCUAACGGGCAGGUAGUGCAGUUUCAGUGGUAGUGUUACUGACAAAGCUUAUGACCCUCAGUGUUACUGCUCAGUACUUUAGAGGGGAGGUGGCCAGUAUGCUCUCUGUUACUUAGAGAUGGCAGCUGAGGGAACAAUAUGGUGUGGUGCUGGUCUGGGCUGGUAGUGGUAGAUGGCGGCGUGGCCCCGAUUGGGUUCACGCCCACCCCCACACAACCCCCCCAAUGGAGGGAAAUUUCUGGCCUUAGUGGAUCUCUUGAAAAUUUAUACAUUUACUAAUGAACAAAUAAUGUGCACAGUAUACUAAACCUUCCACAUUUAUUAUGAGGGAAUGAUGAUUACAAGGGAAUAGCUGGUCAAAACGUUUGAAGGAGGUAAGUAUGAUAGUUUCCACAGUAAAAUUCUGUUCAUGAAACAAUUAUCACAGGUUCCUCUACUACAUGUUAGAAAUGCUGAGAACAUAAUGGUCUUGGUGAUGAGUGGAGGGAGAACCUGAUGAGUAGAAAUGUUCUGUAACUGUCACAAGGUACGGUGGGUUUACAUAAUAAGUAGUUUAGGCCAUCCUAGAUGAUGCCUGUAUCUGACCUCUGUUCCACUCUUCUUCCCUCCCCCCCCCACCCUCCGCUAACCCUCCUCCAUCCCCAACCGAAGGAAAGAAAGAUGGGCCUGGAUUCUUGCUGCAGAUCACCACUCAGCAACUUCUGUUAGAAAUGCUUGUGUGUGAAAAUUGAGCCAGGAUGGAAUUGAAUGUGAUGUUACCAUGGUUGUAUAGCUGCUAGCACUCGUGGUUAACAUGAGUGAGGGAGGAUGGGACUGUCACCCAACAGAAUGGCCGGAAGUAAAAACAAACAAUGCUUAAGGCAUCUAUUCAGUUGUAAUGGAACAAUUUUUUACUUAAAGUCAAAACUUGUUUAUUGGUGUUGUGGGUUGCGAAUGAGAUCUGCCAAUUUUAAUAACUAUUUAAAUAUUUGUUUUAAAGGGAAAAGUGUUUUCUGUACUUGCAACAAUUUUUCUUACAGUCACACAUCUCUCAAUGUAUUCCACUGUUUUCGUAUUAAUAAACACU